AUGUUCAGAUGUGGUAAUGGCGGUGCAGUACUGCCAGAAGUAUUGCAGCAUGUGCAGCAUGUCUUCUACGUCAGGAGCAAGUACCUCGCAAGCAGGACCAACGUCGUCGGGAUCGAGUUUGACAACUUUACCUUUGACAUCACAAACGACGGGACUAGGUCAGUCAACAAUGUCGAGUAUAUUAACAUCCGGCCAGUCAUCAGCGCCGUCAACAUCUGCGACGAAUGUCGUAGCAUCAACCGUGGGACAAACAACAACGACUGUCGGCACAUCAACAGUGGGACAAACAAGUAUGACUGCCGCAGCAUCAACAGUGGGACAAACAACAACAACUGCCGUUGGUCAAACAGCACAAACAGUCGGUACCUCAACAGUGGGUCAAACAACAACGACUUCCGGACAAUCAUCAUUGGGACAAACAACAGCGGCUUCCGGGCAGUCUACAGCUGUGCAAACAAUAACGACUGUCGGAACAUCAACAGUGGGGCAAACUACAACAACUGCCGGUACAUCAACAGUGGGACUAACUACCACGACUUCCGGACCAUCAUCAGUAGGACAAGCAACAACGAUUGCCGGGCAGUCAACAAUUGGACCAACAACAACGACUGUCGCAUCGUCAACAUUGGGUCCGACAACGACUGCCGCAUCGUCAACAAUAGGACCAACAACAACGACUGCCGGAUCGUCACCAUCAGGCAAAACAACAACGACUGCCGGAGCAUCAACAGUAGGGCAAACAACAACGACUUUCGGAGCAUUAACGGUAGGAUCAACAACACAUACGCCUGGUACAUUAAAUGUCGGUCGAACAACAAUCACUGCCGGAACAUCAACCAUGGGACAAACAACAACUUCUGCCGGAGCACCAACAGUGAGUCAAACAACAACGACUGCCGGUACAUCAACAGUGGGUCAAACAACAACCACUGUCGGGCAGUCAACAGUCGGUCAAACAACAACGACUGCCGGCACAUCAACAGUGGGUCAAACAACAACCACUGUCGGGCAGUCAACAGUCGGUCAAAUAACAACGACUGCCGGAACAUCAACAGUGGGUCAAACAACAACCACUGUCGGGCAGUCACCAGUCGGUCAAACAACAACGACAUCCGGAACAUCAACAGUGGGUCAAACAACAACCACUGUCGGGCAGUCAACAGUCGGUCAAACAACAACGACUGCCGGAACAUCAACAUUGGGUCAAACAACAACGACUGCCGCGUCAUCAACAGUUGGUCAAACAACAACGACUGCAGGAGCUUCAAUAUUGGGUCAAACUACAACGACUGCCGUCUCAACGACAGUGGGUCAAACGACAACGACUGCCGCCUCAACAACAGUGGGUCAAACAACAACGACUGCAGGAGCAUCAACAUUGGGUCAAACAACAACGAUUGCCGGAACCUCAACAACGGUGGGUCAAACAACAACGACUGCAGGAGCAUCAACAUUGGGUCAAACAACAACGAUUGCCGGAACCUCAACAGCGGGUCAAACAACAACAACUCCCGCCGCAAAAACAGUUGGUCAAACAACAACGACUGCCGCCUCAACAACAGUGGGUCAAACGGCAACGACUGCCGGAACAACAACAGGCGGUCAAUCAACAACAACUGGCGUAUCGUCAACAGUUGGUCAAACAACAACAACAACUGCCGGAUCAUCAACAGUGGGCCAAACAACAACGACUACCGGACAGUCAACAGUGGGACAAACAACAACAUCUGCCGCAGCAUCAACAGUUGGUCAAAUAGCAACGACUGCCUUGUCGCCAAUAUUAGGUCAAACAACAACAUCUGCUGCAUCGCCAACAGUCGGUCAAACAACGAUGACUGCCUCGUCGACAACAGUGGGUCAAGCAACAACGACUACCGCAUCAUCAACAGUAGGACAAACAACAACAUCUGCCGCAGCAUUAACAGUUGGUCAAACAGCAACGGCUACUAUAUCGCCAAUAUUAGGUCAAACAUCAACGAUUGCUGGUUCGUCGACAGUCGGUCAAACAACAACGACUGCUUCGUCGUCAACAGUGGGUCAAACAACAACGACUGCUUCAUCGUCAACAGUAGGACAAACAACAACGACUUCCGCAUCGUCAACAGUCGGUCAAAUAACAACGAUUGCCGCAUCGCCGAUAAUAGGACAAACAACAACGAUUGCUGCAUCGCCAACAGUCGGUCAAACAACAACGACUGCUUCGUCGUCAACAGUGGGUCAAACAACAACGACUGCUUCAUCGUCAACAGUAGGACAAAUAACAACGACUGCCGCAUCGUCAAUAAUGGGACAAACAACAACGACUGCCGCAUCGUCAACAGUAGGACAAAUAACAACGACUGCCGCAUCGUCAACAAUGGGACAAACAGCAACGACUGCCGCAUCGUCAACAAUGAGACAGCCAACAACGACAGCCGCAUCGUCAACACUGGGACAAACAACAACGACUGCCGCAUCGCAAACAAUAGGACAAACAAUAACGACUACUGGAUCGCCAACAGUAGGUCAAACAACAACGACUGCCUCAUCGUCAACAGUGGGUCAAACAACAACGACUGUCGCAUCGUCAACGGGAGGUCAAACAACAGCGACUGCCGCAUCGUCAAUAAUAGGACAAACAACAACGACUGCCUCAUCGUCAACAGUGCGUCAAACAACAACGACCGCCGCAUCGUCAACAAUGGGUCAAACUACAACGUCUGUCGCAUCGUCAACAAUGGGACAAACACUAACAACUGUCGCAUCGCCAACAGUGGGACAAACAACAACGACUACCGCAUCGUCAACAGGGGGUCGAACAACAACGACUGCCGGAUCGUCAACAAUGGGACAAACAACAACGACUGCCGGAUCGUCAACAACGGGACAAACAACAACGACUGCCGGAUCGUCGACAAUAGGACAAACAACAACGACUUCCGGAUCGUCGACAAUAGGACAAACAACAACGACUGCCGGAUCGACAACAGUGGGACAAACAACAACGACUGCCGGAUCGUCGACAUUAGGACAAACAACAACGACUGCCGGAUCGACGACAGUGGGACAAAGUACAAUGACUGCCGGAUCUUCAACAUCAGGUCAAACAACAACGACUGCCGGAUCGUCGACAAUAGGACAAACAACAACGACUGCCGGAUCGACGACAGUGGGACAAAGUACAACGACUGCCGGAUCUUUAACAUCAGGUCAAACAACAACGACAACUAG